UGCGCAGUCCCGGAAAAGGAUGGAGCGGGGAAGAGAUGCCUCCGGAAGUGAGGUUCGGCUGCCUAGCGACGCUGGGCGUCUCGGAAGUUGCCCCACACUUUUUGCAAAAUGGUCAGUGGAGGCGGGGCUGGGAGGGGCGGUGCCUGAGGCUCCCCGAAUUGAUCUCGGGCCUCCCUGCCGCUAUUUGACCCCGGAAGCAGGGUGUCGGGCUCCGGUGCCGGUGCGGCGGGGGACUGUGGCGAGAGCCUCAGGUAGCAGUAGCAGCAGCAGCAGCAGCAAUGUUUCACUUCUUCAGAAAACCACCAGAAUCUAAAAAGCCCUCAGUACCAGAGACAGAAGCAGAUGGAUUUGUCCUACUAGGGGCUGGUGGUGGCAUACAUGGUUGAGAGUAUGCAUUACAACAUGAAAAGACCAGGGCUCAAGCCUUUGAUCCCCACCCUACCAGCCAGGUCAGGGGAGAGCUUCACAAGAGGAGAAACAACAGAUGAACAAAGAGUGGCAGUGAGUAGUGAAACUUCAGAAGUAGAAAGCAAUGUACCAUUGCAGACUGGCAAAGAAAACUCAUCCAGUGUGACGAUAGCAGACCCUGAGAUGGAAAAUAAGACAUGCCAAACCCUGGACAACAGCACGCUAAUGACUGAGCUUCUGAGCGAUGUACCCUUCACCUUGGCCCCACAUGUGCUGGCUGUACAGGGCACCAUCAGUGACCUUCCCGACCACUUACUCUCCUAUGAUGUCAGUGAAAACUUGUCACGGUUUUGGUAUGACUUCUCUCUUGAAAAUUCAGUGCUCUUUGAUUCAUGAUUCUCUUGUCUACUUGUACCUAACUGCUUUGCGGGGGGGGGGGGGGAACUUAUGUAAUUUAUUUAAUCUGUUUUAUUUUCUUUGCCCUAUCACUAUUUAAAGUAAAGCAAGGAUCAUAAAACAAAGAAUAUAUGAUUAUGCUCCUUCUUAUAUUUUUUUACAAUAGCAUAUAUUUGUAUAGACAUUAUCCCAUAUAUUCUACUUUUCUUCCAUAAUAAUAAAUAUGAAAGUUUAUCAAGGCCUUAUUAAAGAAUUAGAUUCCUUGAUAAGGUCUUUUAAAGUAUAUCACAUUAAAUUUAUCUUAGAAGAACUGUGAAGAAAAAAAUACUGGCUUUUUUUUUUUUUUUUUUUUUUUUUUUUAGUUACCUCAGUUCUGAAGCCUGUGCUUAACAGUACAUGUGAAUUCUCAGGUUUGGGGGCAACUUAAACAAAUGUUAUUCCCUCUCUACUUCCAGAGUGUUUAUGAAUGAUUUCAAGAACAGAAUUUGCCAGCCAGUUUUGAUUUCUUCAGUCCUAGUUUAGACAUUGAUGUAGAAAUGUACAGCUUUUCCUAAAAAAAACUGUCAGUUUGUAAGUAUACUAUAACUGCUCUGGGUUCUGUAGGAAUGUUAAAUUUCAGUUUCCCUACUCCCACAGAUUUUCCCACCUUGAAUAAUUCCUGUGUUCUGCCUUUGUUAAGCUGCUUUGCUGAUACUUCAGAGUACGUUCUCUCACCAGCUUUUCAGAGAACUUGCCCUGUCUCUGCCUCAGUUAGCGUUAGCUCUCCUUAAAACAUGUUCUCAGUUAUAAAGAGAUCAACAUUUUCUUUAAACCUCUUUGCCUCCUUAAGAAAAACAUCCCAUGAUGAUACAUAAAUUGGUGAUAAUGCCUUUACUUAGAAAAUUUUUGGCCACAAUACACAUGGAAAUAUUUUACUGCUAGAAAAACUAAAAUCGGCUCAUUUCCAAAUACAGUGUAGACAAAACAUCUAGAUAUGGCUUAUAAUUCUUAAAUACCCAUUAUAUUCUCCUACUAAUAUAGUAAAGACCAGGGUUCAUCAAUAAAUACAAAGAGAAGAUGUGAUAGAACACUUUUAUGGAAAAUUUAAAUUAUACUUGUAUUGACUAGUAGCAUUACUAAUUUACUAAUUCUGCCAAAUUUUAAGUAUAUUUUUCACAAGGGUACAGUGCCAUGGAAAACUAAACACUGUUUAAAGGUAUAUGAAUCAUCCAAGUUUUAAUGUAUUAUGCAUGUUUGUUUUUGUGAGAUGGUUUCAGUGAAAAUACUAUAUUUCAAAGUUUAAGGAACAUUUCUAUUAAUAAAAAUAUUAGCAUUUACAAAUAAUGUUAUAUGAUGUCAAUGAUUAAAUUAGAUUUUUACAUCAUUUUCAUAAAAUAUCAGCAUCAAAAAUGUGAUGUACUACUAUGGCAAAUGUGAGUAUUUAUAGAUAUUCUUGCAAAAGCAUAUCCUUCAGUACCACACUUAUGUAACUCAUCAAUUUGUCUUAAUCUUUUUGCUGUGUCUUGUCAAAAAUACACAUUUCAUGUAUAUUUAUGUCUACCAUAUUAUAAAUAUGCUUAUAAGUAUUUUUAUUAAUCAACCAAAAUUGUUAUAUUUAAAUGUGAAUUAAAAUAAACUGAUAUUUUGAUUA